GAGUUCUCACUGUAACCAAGCUCAACGCCUCAAUCCUAACUUAAAGAACUUAAAAUAUCAUGACAAGUGCUAGGUAACAUGAACUAUAUCCUUGCACGAAAAUACUCUCCAUGUUUAGCUUUGUCACUACAAAGAAGAGAUUACACCUAGUACAACAGUAACAUGAGACUCUAUUUCUGUCAAUCACUUGCAGUGAGGCCACUAGAUGGCGCCUCAGCUGUAGAUGGAAAUAGUGAUCAUACCACAAAGAGAAGUCUUUGCACAAUAAGACAGAGCCUGGUCGUGGUUUAUUCGACAAUCAAAGUCAAUGGAGCAAAACUCUGUUUCCCUAGUUGCCAUUGCGUUGUCUCUUUUUCACAGCCUAACUCAUUAUUGGCAUUGUUAGCAUAAAAUUAUAAGUAAGACAGAUAACUGCUACACUAUGGAACGACCAAAAAAUUGAGCUGCUAUAGCAGCCUGAACGUCGUACCUGGGUGGGCUCGAAACGGCAAUCUCUCGGUUUGCAAGCAAACGCUCUAAUUGAUCGCACCACAAAGCCUAAAACAACUUUACUUACUGGACAAUCUUGAAAAAAAACUACAUUUGUGGCAAUUUGUAAGCAAAUUCCCAGAAAUUGAAUGUUAAGGGAACCGUGGUCAGAAAGCUUUUACAAUUAAAUUUUAAAAAAAGUUAAAUACGCUUCAUCCAGCCUGCUCAUGUUGCAUCAUACUGGUAAUAAUAUGUUAAGUACAAUCAAAAUCAAAUCAAAAAGUCUCUCGGUCUGCCACUCUUCAGCUUCACUUUACUGUUGGACUGUGACCACUGGCAAUAAGUAGGAACCUUUGGGUUCUCACUUGUUUUCCUAUUGACAGUACUCGUUGACCUGAAUGGAUAGCAUUAUGUGAGUAAAAAGAUCAGUUCCCCAGUUAUGGGAAGAAUAUUUGGAUAUAUCUCAAAAGGUCUUUGGCGUUCUCCACCUCAUGGGAAAAGCAAAAAAAGUGGGUUGAACAAGUUGUCUCUCUCUGGGCGGUACUAGUUACAUACUAUGUAAUCUAGUUCUGUGGGUACAGGCGUCCACCGCACGCUGUCUCAUGACACAAACUUUUGGGUUUUUUUUAACUCUUACGCGAUUUUGAAUUUGUUGUCAUUUCUUCAUCAGUUUUAUCCUAGACUGAAGUUAUUAGCGAUAACUGACUUAUUUAAGGUGCAAAUAUGUCAUUUUCAGAAAUAGAUGUAAAGAGUAGAGCAGUUCGUCUAGACUGACCGCUGUAGGAGUCACAAACCAGGGAGCUGUAGAGCUAGCGUAGAUUAAAAGGCUGCAGCUGUAGAUGUGUGCAGUAACACCAGUGCCCUGCUUGCACCCCCUGCUGGUGUUUUAAAGUGUCAUUUCUUGUCAGUUAAGAACUGGACGCUCCUGACCGGGGUCUUCUCAUCUCCGCCGCGGCUGCGUCCCAAGUAAUGAGCUGCAUCCUAACUCUGCCUGACACAGGAAGUCCACACUUCAGAAGUGGACGAUGCAGCCCAGUCAUUUCCAGAGGAUUUUAAAUUAAGAAUAGUUAAAAGGUAGAGUAUGCUGGGUUAAAAAAAAAGGGUCACUAGGAGUGUAUGGUGGCAUGCUGUUCUGCAGGGGCUCUGUCUUCCGCAAUAACACUUUUUUUCCGUCCACUUCCAAAGUCUAAGGAACAAUUAGCAGAAGAAGAAUUAAGGUUGAUACCAUAAAAUGUCACGUUUUAAAACGGUUUCACAUGCGUACAGCACCACAGGUCAGUGGGUGCUCAGGUCAGUGGGUGCUCAGCAGUUUUAGUACCCACUGCAUGUCAGUGCCAUGGCGCCCUCUUCUCCUAUGCUGUUACAGAUGCGUGUCACGAAGGUCAUUCACUGUCACAAAAUUCAUCACGUAUCUAUAGCACCCUCUGCUGUAGAGAAAGGGUUACUCCAAAAUGCUCAAAAUUCCAGCAUACUCUACCUUUAGUGAACAAACAUAGUACAAUCCAUUUUAUUUUUAUUUUUAUUUUUUUAACACAUGCCUUGCGUUAAGCUUCGCGAUCAAAACCAAACUAAUGCAGUUUAGAAACAGUCGGAAGAAACUAAAACCGUACAGACGACGCUUUAUUCCAGUCACUGUAGUUCUCCCGUGAACUGAGUCACUGUAGUUUUUUUUUGUCUUUAAAAUGUGAGUCCCUGUGUAGAACCGUUUGAAUAACUUUUCUAGUGUACGGGUUAUAGGAAAAAAAAAAAAGUCCAUCACCAGCUGCUUCUAUUAGUCUAUCGUGGUCACUAAAGUGAGUUCGGGAUUUGUUGAGUUGCAUGGUCUAAAGACGUACAACGCAACGAACUGGGACACGACCCGUGUGUGUCUGUGUCUGUGUGUAUGAAUUGGUGUUUUGUUCACCGCUGUAAAACCCUCCGACAUCCUCUACUGGAAUAUCUGACCCUGUCAGGUCAAAGGUCAACGACAAACAUGGUACUACUGUCGAGAGUGAGUAAAUAAAAAAAUUUAAAAAUCAUGACUAAAGAUGUAAACUGUGUCUAUAAUGUAUGAAGGGAAAAUAUAUUGCUAAAAUAAUUCUAGAAGAGAACAGAUGUUAUUGAUUACUAUGAUGAUAAUAAUUGUUAUUAGAUUUAUUGGUAUUCUUUUGUAUCAUCUGUACUUCCACAUAUAGUCGGGUGAUUCCACACCUGCGGUUGUGUCGUGGAUGAAGGUCAGGGCAACUGGACAACUAUAUGUGGGACUUGAAUAAAGGAUUCAUGCCACAACAGGUGGGUCAGAGAAGAUCCUGAUGUGUUUUAUUGUAAAUAGAGUAUGUAUUCUUUGAAGUGGCCCAUUAAAACUGGCUUCAUUGUUUAUCCUGUCUCUUUUGUUUUUGUCGAUUACAUGAUGCCGACUUCGAGACGGAGCAAGUUAUAUCUGGAAGACGUUUUUCUCAGUCUCUUAAGUGGAAUGUUACCGACAAACUUCAGGGGGAAAAAAUGACGACACACUCAAUGUGUGUAACCCUAAGGUGAUGUUGGCAAUCUGGGAUUGUUCUUUGGUUAAAAAAUGUCACAGCAAGGCUAACAAUCUCGCUCAUUGUCUGCUAUUGCUAUUGUAAUGCGAAUGCUAAUUUAAUUAGCAGUAUUUUCCAAACUCAUUGUCCAAAAAAUCAGCCAUUUUGGGCCGCAUAUAGAAUUGCAUACGUGUUCUGGACUUCAACAUGAAAUCAUUUUAAAACCAAUCAGGUUCCUGACAGGUUUCCGUUGUUGUGCGUGUCAGUCCAGCCCUUCAGUUGUGCGCCGAUGCUCGUGGGUUAAAAAUAAUUCAGAGGAUUACAAUAGACAUUCCACUGGUCAGUGCUUACCAAUAUUGAUUAGAGCCCUUUUGGGGUCCUGCCAUCUUUUCCUCCACACACCGUACAGCAGCACGGUCAUUGGUGUAGGAGGAUAAAGCCCCCACAACCUCAUUAGCAUGACCUUUGAAUGAGUUUGUCAUCAGGACUGAGAAAGGGCAGCGGCUUUUCGACGUGUUUGUAUGAUAUUAUUGUUCCCAUUGGAGACCUUAGCUAAUUAAAGUCAAUCCAUGGCUACUGACUGUGAAGGAAUGGCUUAAUAAACUAUUGGCACGAGGCUAGACAAGACCAACCUGUUGUUCAUCAAAGGUCCAGAGAAAUGCCUCAGUGAUGAUCUGCCUCCAGAGACUAAUUACUGCCAUGGAGCUGGACAGCAGUCGUUUGAAUGAAGAAAAAGGAAGGAGUUUUUUGGUUUUUUUUCAUAUGUUUUUGUCUUUGACUUGAGUGAUGUCAAAACAGGCGGGGCAUUGUGGACAACUCUAGACAGUAUAAAAGACACCUGUUCUCGCGAACCUACUUAUUUUCCUACACGUGAACCAGAAGAUGCCGUGGUCUGUUUAUGUCCAGAGGACUGCAAGGAUGGACACGUCUAACAAGAAAGUCCUGGUCCUGGUCCUGAUGCUGCUCCUGUCUCAGCUCACCUGUGAGGCCAACAGUAUGACCGAGUGCUGCAGACAAACAUCUCGCUCCUGCCGCCUCUACAUCCUGCUGUGCCGCUCAGGCGGAAGCUUCGUGAGCGGAGCCCUGACAGGCGACGCCGCCGCUGGGAUCCUCACUCUGGGCAAACGAGGAGAGGACGACCACCGCCUGCACAGUCGACUCCACCAGCUCCUGCAGGGAUCCAGGAACCAGGCUGCAGGGAUCCUCACCAUGGGGAAGAGGACGGAGGAGAAAGCCGUGGAGCAGUACAUGGACUGGGCGGCCCGGUCAGAGAGCACCAUCACAACGCCGCUUCCUUUGUAAAAUACACUGUAUAUACAUGUACCUCAGGGUGUUAAACUACUGCAGCACAACGUUAAAAAACAAAUGUAACACGGAAUAAUAUUGUGUUCCGUUACAUGCCUUUGCACCUGUGGAAAUUCACAAGGAAGAACUGUGUCAUUUUAAAUGUGUAUAGUGUGUAUAAAAAAAUUACAAACAAUAAAAGUAAUAAUGGAAGUCA